CCGCGAAUGACAAAUGGAACCUUUCGAGGACGUUAUCCGGCGCACUGACAGCACUCGAACCUAUCGAUUCGAGAGGUGAUCGAUCGGCCAGGAAAGAUAUUCGUUAAACGAAACAGCGGUUCUGUUCUCCAGUCUGGCGAACGUUGAUUGAUCAAUAAUUUUCAGAAGCAGGCGAGGGAGAGAGACGAGGAGAGAAAGAUGAUGUAAAUUGCGUGACUGGCUCGCGCGACUAUGCUAAAGAAUGUCUGCGAAUAAUCGAAGGAAACUGCCGGGGAAUUUCAUCGAAUUAGGCGAUGCCAGCAUGACUGUACGUCCAUAGUUGGAUACAAUUGCAAUUGUUGAUUAUACGCAGCACGUGGAUGAUUUACAGCAUUGUAGUAUUUUAAACAUUUUCAUAAUCAGGGCCUUUAUUACAAUCUGUAUUCAUUAUUUUUAAGCGCGAAAAUCUUCUGACAUCGAUCGACGACUUACAAAAACUCAGAUCAGGGUUAAAAAGUACAACCGGACCUCUGACUUUGGGCUCGAUUAUAUCUACAAAAUAUUCGUCUGGAUGGAAGCGAUCUUUGAAAGUCAUCCAAUGCUAAGGAAACCUUUGCUACCGCUAUCAGUUGUAAGUGAUACUUUUAUAAGCAAUCCUUCGUUUUAACCAUCGAUUGCAGCAUCGUGGCCGAACUCGAAGAGACUGGUGUAUCGGAAGCAGACCUCGAAGGAUCGAUAAAGGAAGUUCCUCGCCGCGAUACAAGCUUGGCAUGUUACGUGGAGGCAGCACGACGAACCUCGAGGAACGAGAGGGCAACAAACAAUCAUGAAGCCAGUAGCUCCGCCCCCGUUUCGCCGUUGUCAGGCAAUCGACGGGCCAGCGUGGAAUUCGUCUUCCUCGAGGGCAAAGUUCCUGCACGCAGUUCCCUCGGUGGAUCCGUCGAAGAACAGCGAUUAUUCCUCCAAUUGAAUCUCUCUUGUACAAUGAUCUCUGGACCAAACUUCCUCUUUCGAUCGCCUAUUCUCCUGCUCCUCGUAGACGUAGACCGGUAUCUACGUAGUUGUAGAGUAUAAGAAGCUGCGAGGAUGCAGAGUGCAACGUGCGACUUGCAUGGAAGGUCUAUGGAAAAUACUGCGAGGGAGGUACAAGACGAACAGUCGAAGCAAAAUGGAGUAGAGAUGAACAACGAUGACGAGGACGGCAAAGAAGAGAGCCCGGAAGUCGAUGGCGACGACAGAUAACGAGAGAUGACGGACUUUCUAACUGGCAGCAGGGUCCAAGAACUUCAAGCCAUGCUUUUCCCAGUACAACCGAUUCCUGGGGCCUUGGCGAAUAUUCAGAGAUUCCAAGAGCUGCAGCUGUUGCAGCUAGGACGCUACGAGGUACAGCGAGAGGAAACGGAACUGCCGUUGUUCUCGGUGCCAUUCGGUACCAGAGACGAUCACAGGUCGAAGGAGACCCUUCGAAGCGUUCUAGACACUCGCUGCAUGAUUGAUGGAAUCACUCAGGAAGCCGCCAGGUGGCCCACGGAAUGCCAAGUACUUCCAGAAAGAGUGCGGCAUAUAGAGUACACCCCAGCAGUCCCAGAAUCAUUCUACGUGCCAACCGGGAGGGAACCGAGACCAAAACCGUUAGGGGACGACUUUGGGACGGUGGUGUUCCGCUACCAUCCUGCCAGUAUCAGCAAUUACUUUAGCAGAUCUUGCGUGGGCGGAAGCACGGUUCUACCGUUCGGAGCGGAAUUUCCAGCGGACGGGAUCGGAAACGAAUCGAAGGACGUCGAUGCAGCCAGCAACCUCUUCUUCGUGAGCAGGCUGCCCGAGGCGACGCAGAACGGCACUGAUCUUCGGUUCGAGUCGCGUUUCGAGUCUGGAAAUCUGUGCAAAGUCGUGAAGAUCACCGACACGUACUAUCAGCUUCAUUUGAGGAAGGACCUCUACACGCAGAGGCACACGCAGUGGUACUACUUCAGGAUAUCGAACACAAGGAGCAGGACCACUUACAGAAUAUCAAUCGUCAAUCUCUGCAAAGAGGAAAGUUUGUACAACGAGGGUCUUCGGCCAUUGCUGUACUCCACCGAGGACGCCAAGAAAAGAUCCGUGGGAUGGAGGAGAUGCGGCGAUAACAUCGCUUAUUAUAAGAACGACUCGUCAAGCGACGAGGAGAAGGAGAAGCACACGUUGACGUUUAACGUUUCCUUUCCUCACGACAGGGACACCGUCUACCUGGCUCACUGCUAUCCCUACACCUACACCGACCUCCAGGAAUACCUCUCCAAGCUCAUCGCCGACCCCGUGAAAACGAGAUUCACCAAACUCCGUUUGCUAUGUCGCACGUUGGCUGGAAACGGAGUGUAUUACUUGACGAUAACAGCUCCAACCUUGGAAGAGGAGGUGAAGAGGAAAAGGGGCAUCGUUAUCACGGCGAGAGUUCACCCUGGAGAGACACCGUCCAGUUGGACGAUGAAAGGGAUCAUCGACUUCCUCACUGGGGAUUCUGACCAAGCUAGGGUACUCCGAGAGAGGUUCGUGUUCAAGCUGGUGCCAAUGUUGAACCCCGAUGGGGUGAUCGUGGGGAACAAUCGGUGCUCUUUGUCGGGGAAGGACCUGAACAGGCAGUACAGAACCGUAAUGCGCGAGAGUUACCCAUCUGUAUGGCACACGAAACUGAUGAUACGCAGGCUGCUAGAGGAGUGCGGGGUGGCGAUUUACUGCGACCUGCACGCCCACUCCAGGAAGCAGAACAUAUUCGUCUAUGGGUGCGAGAACAAGAGGUCGUCUUCACAGACGAAACUCUCCGAGCAAGUGUUUCCUCUGAUGCUUCACAAGAACGCUGCCGACAAGUUUUCCUUUGAGAAUUGCAAGUUCCACCUGGAGAAGGGCAAAGAGGGCACUGGAAGGGUCGUGGCUUGGUCGAUGGGGGUGCAGAACAGCUACACGAUGGAGGCGUCGAUGGGAGGAUCGGUAAUCGGGUCAAGAUGCGGCAGCCAUUUCUCUGUUCAAGAUUACGAGCAGAUAGGCAAAGUGUUCUGCGAAACGUUGCUGGACUUCUUCGAUCGGGAUCCCUUCAAGGAACGACUUCGAAACAAAAUAAUUGCAAGACUGACGAAGGAGGGUUCUAGCGCCGAAGAACCGACUAACAUCGAUUUAACAGACUACUCUAGCGACGAAGGAGACACAUCGGACAGUUCCUGUUCAGAAAAAGAAACGGAGUUCACGGAAGGGACAUGGUCGUGCGAGAUAACAGGGUCGAACGAUUCCCCUCGACACCUUCGUGUGCCACCGUCGACACCCACAUUCGUUCCACCUCGAAGCCUCGAAUUGGCCAAGAGGAGGAGUAAAAAGGGAGCGACGACCAGCAGGAGUUACUUCCAACGCAAGAGGAUACUGGCCAGAAGAGCAGUAAUGGAUUUGCCAGUCACGGAUCCAGGCAGCGACUUGUACUUGAGCGACUCUGCAGACGAAGGCGCGACGAGACCAGAAGGGGACACUGGCCAGACGCUGGACAGAGAGAUGCAAACAAACGAGAAGGAGAUGGUCGCCAACGAUGAAUUGGUUCUGCCAGAGAUAGCGAGACCUCGUAGCGUAUCCCUGGAUGAAACCUUAAGCGACAACAAGGAGAAACGAAAUUUGAACAGACGACCCCGUUGUCUUCGAUUGGUCAGGACGUUGAGACACCGAUCGCCGGUUCCUUUAAAGAGCCAGGAUAUUCAAAUUAAGCUGAGCUCGCUGAGGCAACAAAUAUGGAUGGGCGUGAAUUCGUUGAACGCGGAGGACAACAUCGAAAAGAGGAUCGAGCGUCCUUAUGCCAAGGUACCCUUGAGCUGGGGAGUUUCCAGCAUGGCGCUCGAACAAGCCAGAAUGGAUAGCGACGCGUUGCUGAAAUCUUGCACGAAAAAGCUGCAGUCCCUCGGUUACAUCGAAAGAACGCAAAUAAAGUGCAAACGCGAGCAAACGACGGGCACGAGAGACGCCAGCCCGGAAGUCGAGGACCAGCGCUGCGACGUUGAGCCAAAGUCGAGAAAGAAAAAGUCCCGACUUAAAUGGCAGAAGAUAAUCAAUUUCAAUUUGAAACAAUGUUCUAGAGUCAAGGAAACAUGCCGCAGCAAGACGUCCUUUUUAACGAUCGACGCCGAUUCUAUGAACCUAGUGACCGUGGAGGUGCCUACGAAGACUCAAACCAGACAACGUAGGAUGGAGUCUAGAAGGAAGAACAGGAAGAGUGGCGCCACCUGCAGCAACGCCGCGAAAUCCUCGAGCGUGGUAAAGUCGCAGUCGCGAUCUCGAAUGCAGCUGCAGCCGUUGAUCGUUCCACUGUGCGAUAGUUCCUCGUCGGAGGACUCGGAUUCCCAUAGACAAAGGGGGUCGAAGAAGAAGCAAAAGAAGAAGAAGCAACCGAAGAAGAUCAAGUCGACUUCCGCGACGGAAAGAAAAAAACGCUCGGCCAGCGCGGGCGCGUUGAGGACCUCUUGAAACGAAUUUUCUACGCAAGACGAAUGUUUUGUAACGUUUUUAUCGAUAUCCAAUGUCUUGUCCCAGUUUUUUAAUACACGUUGUCCGAAUACGUCGAUGAAAAACGUUUGGCAGAACUGUCAGCGUUACACUGAUCGACGAAAAAAAAAAUAUAUAUAUAUAUAAAAAGAGA